AUGCUGUCGGUGCCCUCUACCAAAGAGAAUGCCAUCUCCAGCCCUCUCUGCCCAUUUUCUGGCAAGAAGAGUGCUAGCAAUGAUGAAAUCGAUGAUGGAAUAUUCCAGUUAAAUGGCCAGGAAAGCUCAGAGAAAGACCAAGUAACCAAUGAUGCAGAAGGCGCAGUCCAGCCGAGUAGUGAGAAAGGGGCCACUGAGAGGAAGUGGAUCCGCCCUGAUCUCCCCAGUAAGUGUACCUGGAGCCUGGGGGUCCCACCUGCUGAGUCCCCCCACUGGCAUCCUCCCAGACCAAGCAUUCCGAGCAUCCUGCCCAACAUCCUGGGACAGAUUGGACACACCCCAAUGGUCCGUAUCAACAAGAUCACCAAGAUCUUUGGCCUCAAGUGUGAGCUGUUGGUGAAGUGCGAGUUCUUUAAUGCUGGUGGCAGUGUGAAGGACAGAAUUAGUCUGCGUAUGGUGGAGGAUGCAGAGAGGGCAGGCAUUCUCAAGCCUGGAGACACAAUCAUAGAGCCCACCUCCGGAAACACUGGUAUUGGCCUCGCUCUAGCUGCUAUUGUAAAGGGUUACCGCUGCAUCAUUGUGAUGCCUGAGAAAAUGAGCGUGGAAAAGGUGGAUGUAUUGAGAGCUCUGGGAGCUGAGAUUGUGCGCACACCCACCAGCGCAUGUUUUGAUUCACCUGAGUCCCAUGUGGGUGUGGCAUGGAGCCUGAAGAAUGAGAUCCCCAACUCGCACGUUCUGGACCAGUACCGUAAUCCCAGCAACCCACUGGCUCACUACGACACCACGGCAGAGGAGAUACUGGAACAGUGUGAUGGUAAAGUGGACAUGCUUGUAGCAGGAGCUGGGACAGGGGGCACCAUCACUGGCAUUGCCUGCAAGCUGAAAGAGAAAUGCCCCAAUGUUAAGAUCAUCGGCGUGGACCCCGAAGGGUCCAUCCUGGCUGAGCCCGAGGAACUGAACCACAAGAAGACACAGUACGAGGUGGAAGGCAUUGGUCACGACUUCAUCCCCACUGUGCUGGACAGAUCGGUGGUGGACCGCUGGUACAAGGCCAGUGAUGAUGAAACCUUUGCUAUGGCACGCAUGCUCAUUAGAGAAGAAGGACUGCUGUGUGGUGGCAGCUCGGGCAGUGCUAUGGCGGCAGCAGUGAAGGAGGCCAAAGAGCUGAAGGAGGGUCAGCGCUGCGUGGUCAUCCUCCCUGACUCCAUCCGCAACUACAUGUCCAAGUUUUUGAAUGAUAAAUGGAUGUUCCAAAAAGGCUUUCUCACAGUAGAAGAGUUCAUGGUUAACAAGCCCUGGUGGUGGAAUCUUAAGUUGCAGAGCUUGAACCUCUCUGCUCCUCUCACUGUGUUGCCCACAGUCACCUGUCAGAAAAUGAUCAAAAUCCUGAAGGAAAAGGGCUUUGACCAAGCCCCAGUGGUUGAUGAGGCUGGGUUGAUUCUUGGUAUGGUGACCCUUGGGAACAUGCUAGCCUCAGUGCUUGCUGGAAAGGUCAAGCCCUCUGACCCUGUGAGCAAAGUGCUCUACAAGCAGUUCAAGCAGUUUCAUUUGACUGACAACCUGGGGAAGCUCUCCCGGAUCCUGGAGACAGACCACUUUGCCCUGGUGGUGCAUGAGCAGAUUCAGUAUUUGACAGAUGGCUCCACAAGUCUGAAGCAGAUGGUGUUUGGAGUUGUGACGGCCAUUGAUCUACUCAACUUUGUCACUGGCCACGAGAAACGAGAGAGAUCGGUGUCUGAAUGCACAGACGAGCUGUGAUUGACCAUUUAUAUCAGCAUUUGCUAUCUAUAACCAAUAAUGAUGUCUGACCAUGAAUGGUUCACCUCCUAAGGACUA